AGUUCUCGAGCGACCAGCGGAGGGGUCGGUUUGGUGUUCUUGUACGUGUUCCAGUUCGUCGGACUGGGUGCCUCGAUCGCGGGUAUCGUUCUCAUCUGGUACUAUAUGGGUUGGGAGUUUGGACUGCCGGCGCUGCUGAUCGCCCUGCUAGCGGUGCUGAUCGCCAGCGGAAAAUGGCGCUGGCUGUACAUUGCUGCCGUGACGGUGCCGCGGGAUUUUAAGGCACUCACGCGUUACAUCAAGCUGAUGAGUUUGGUCAGAAAAUACUCCCGCCAGAAUGCGUCCGCAGCGGACAUCUUCGCCGAAUAUGUCGCCAAACAGCCCGACAAGGCGUGCUACAUCUUCGAAGGGAAAGAGUGGUCCUUCCGAGAGGUCAGUGACUACUCGAACCGGGUUGCGAACGUAUUCCACACCCAUGGCUACAAGCACGGUGAUGUCGUCGGUCUUCUGCUGGAAAACCGACCCGAGUUCAUAGCGAUUUGGUUGGGUCUCUCGAGGCUGGGCGUUAUCACUCCGCUAAUCAACAUCAAUCUUCGCAAGAAUGCACUGCUUCACAGCAUAACCGUGGCCAAGUGCAAUGCACUGAUCUACGGUGAAUCGCUUUCGGAGGCAGUUUCCGAAGUUAGCGAAACCCUUCCAUCGUCGACGGCUUUCUACCAGUUGAACGAUACCGCCCAGCAAACGGUCCUACCCAACUCGAAAGAUAUGACCACUUUGCUGCAGUCGGCUUCCAAGGAAACACCAACAACCGGAGUGAAGAAACCUAACCAUCACGAUCAGCUGGUGUACAUCUAUACGUCCGGAACCACGGGUCUGCCGAAAGCUGCCGUAAUUACACAUGCCAGAUUCGUGUUCAUCACGGCAGCCAUCCACAUCGUGGCCGGAUUCCGCAGUGACGACAUAUUCUACACUCCUCUGCCGAUGUAUCACACAGCCGGUGGUAUGAUGAGCUGCGGGCAGGCACUGCUGUUCGGUGCGACCGUUGUGAUUAGGAAAAAAUUCUCUGCGUCGCAAUACUUUGCGGACUGCCAGAAGUAUAACUGCACCGUCGGUCAGUACAUUGGUGAAAUGUGCCGCUACAUUCUGGCUACUCCGGAGUCUGCGACCGAUAAAGCGCACAAAGUACGGCUGAUGUUCGGCAAUGGACUGCGGCCGCAGAUUUGGUCGCAAUUCGUCGAACGGUUCAACAUUCCCCGGGUCGCCGAGUUCUACGGUGCCACCGAAGGCAAUGCUAAUAUUGUCAACAUCGACAACACUCCGGGAGCAAUUGGUUUUGUGUCCCGUAUUAUUCCAUCCAUCUAUCCCAUCUCGAUCAUCCGAGCGGAUCCGGCUACUGGAGAACCCAUUCGUGGUAAGGACGGACUGUGCCAGCUAUGCAAACCGAACGAACCGGGAGUUUUCAUCGGUAAGAUCAUACCGAGCAACCCUAGCAGGGCAUUUUUGGGUUACGUGGACAAGUCCGCAUCGGAGCGGAAAAUUGUACGUAACAUCUUCCGCAAGGGGGAUUCAGCGUUUCUUUCCGGCGAUCUGCUGGAAGCCGACGAACGGGGCAACCUGUUUUUCAAAGAUCGUACCGGAGAUACCUUCCGCUGGAAGGGAGAGAACGUAUCCACCAGCGAGGUCGAAGCGGAAGUAAGCAAUGCGGCUGGCUAUCGAGAUACCGUGGUUUACGGUGUGGAGGUACCGAACAUGGAAGGUAGGGCGGGCAUGACUGCCAUUCUAGAUCCCGAACGUCAGGUGGAUCUGGUCAAAUUAGCACAAACAUUGAGGGAAACGCUCCCUUCGUAUGCACGGCCACAGUUUGUUCGUUUGCUAACCAAAGUGGACAUGACUGGGACGUUCAAGCUGAAAAAACUCGACCUGCAAAAAGAGGAAUUCGAUCCAAAUGUUAUUGACGAUGCUCUCUUUUAUCUAUCAUCGAAAGGCACCUACGAAAGUCUGACAAAAGAGGUCUUUGAGCAGAUAAAACGGAAUGAAAUUCGGUUCUAAUGGUACCAGGUUCCAGAUUUUUUUUUCUGUUCUUAUCCCGCCCACAUCCUAACCUGCCAAUCGUAGCACUUUUCCAAUGUAAGUUGGUUUUUGAUUUGUUUUUCGUUUCAUCAGAACAACUGUGAUAUUGAGUGAAAGUGACCGAAGCAGGUCAUCUGGCUUCGCCGAAUAAGAAAGUUUAUCUUCCCGAUUCCGAUUGGUUCUUGCACGCAACCGCAAGUGCAACAGUGAAGAAUGUGUAUAAGCAAUCUAAUUAGUGCGUGGUAAAUGGAAUUUUGACUAAUACAUAACAGGCUUUAGUUUGCCACUUCCUCCCAACUUUCAAUAGGCCUUAUGCCGAUGGACUGAACUAUUUUAGCGUCGUUUUUCUGCUUUCUCGUUGGAAAACUUAAUUGAGACCUGACCUGUCUAAGAUAAAGGCAGAAUUUGGAACUCAUUGUCUAAAACCGAUGGAUUCUUUGGCUACUUCUGAAGAGUAGAUAUUUUUCUAAGUCUUUUUAGGCUCUCUGUUUUGUGAGAAUUGUCAUUCCUCGGUGCUAGUCGCUUGAAAAAAGGAUGGUUCGUCUUCUGAUCUAUCACUUCGAAAUUCGAUAUUGCCUGUUUAAUGUUUUUCUUUGUUCUAAAUAAAUUCAACUGGUAUACUUCGAAAGCAAUCUAACUAACAGGAAAGGCCAGACAGCGGCGCUAGGUGAAUAAAGUUUUUUUUUUCUUAUAAUUACUUAUAUGUACGUUUUAUUGUAAAUAUUCCUAAGGACAGGCUGGAAAGGGACCGAAUUACUUAUUAUACUAUAGCAAAUGAUUUUUAUACACAGUUAUUAAGUGUUUAGCUUCGUUCUCUGCUUAGGGAGGAAUAACUCGUUACUAGACUAGAUAGUGUUGCAUUUAAGUUGAGAACACUCAAUAACAAAUCCGACAAAGAUUGAGAAAUAAAGCUAUCUUUACUCUUUUAUUACACACGCUACUAUCAAAUCAUUCCAAUCGUAUGUAUCAUAUGUAUAACGAAUUAGGUCACAAUCACACUUCUUUC